AUGAGACGAGAACGUCGGCAAAAUGCUGUAGUCAGGACUUACCGGAUUCUUCCACCGCCGCUUAACCCAAGGCUGGUCAACUCUUCGACUUCACCCUCAACCGCCGAGUUACUUACCAACUUGCCAUCGAAAGCCACCAGCCAUUCUAAAGCUAAUCGGAAAAUGUACCCUGGUCAGGUGCAUUGGCUCAGAUCAAACGACAUCGCUUCAUCAAGCUACAAACUGCUGACGUGGCAGGUAUUAACCGAACCCGUUUCGAAUCUCCCCGGUUUAUCGGAUCUUAACGGUAAUGGCGACGACGACGAUUGUGAAGAUAAAGGAGGAGAUGAAGCUGAUGAAGUUGAAAAGAUGGUGAGAGAGAAUGGAGAUAAAGAAGAUGGUGGUGGGUCUCAUGGUGAUGAUGAAAGUAUGAGUUUUUACGAUGUGGGGAUGAUGAUGAAGAUGAUGGAACAUGUGUUAAGUGACGAUGAAGAAGAUGGUUGGUGUUUCGUCUGA